UUUCGCGUAUUGACCCCCGCUCACCCCUCCGCGAAACCCUCACUUACCCCAUUACUCAUCUCUCUCUUCCGUGAGCGGCGGCGACAGCGGUGGCGCCGCAUCUAGCAGAGAGGCCGGCGAGAGGAUAUUUCAAGGUCACCGUGAGCACAUCUGGCAGCACAACUCCUUCAAUUGAGGAGAGUUGAAGGCCACCGUCACUACAUCUAGCAGCACAAGCACAACUACAAUCUGAGUCAGAUCUUUUACCGGUUUAGCUGGACCUGAUGGUGGAUGAAGCAGCAGUACAUCAGGUGUCCCCGCUGUUGGCGCUAAUGUCCAAGGAGGAAGCUCGGCACUGCUUCUUUGAUUUCAUGACCAAGGUUACGCAAUAUGAGGAGCUAGUUGAUGCCGGAAAAAUGUUUCUUGUAAAGUUCCGUCAGGAAUUAGAGCAUUUUCGAAGACCAAUGAUUCCCAUGGAAUCGGAUGCUGUCAGUCAGUUAGUCAAAUCUAACUACACUGAUCGACUGAGGUCCUAUCUUGAAGCAGGCUGCCACCUUCAGCACCAAAGUAUCCGGAAUAUUAACCAGUUGGAGAGCUGCUGUUUAAUUAUUAAUCUAGCAGAUAUGUUUUUCCAUUUGGAUUUCUUCCUGUGUGCUCGCGGGAACAAAUGGGUAGGCCCUCUUGUGAAACCCACGAUGCUGAAGUAUUGUGCAUGGUGGUUACUGUGGCAGCAGGGCACAACUGCAAUAUCUAUAUUCAGUACAAUCUUGCGAGGAAAAAUUGAGGACCAUAUAAAUAAAGUAAAACAGCUGCGACGGUCGAAUUUAUUCAGAGCUAAAGUUUUGAUUGAAGAACUUGAAUGCCUGGCCGAGGAUGUUUAUAGCACUACGCUAACAGCCAGCCUUAGUAUCUUAGAAGCUUCAGAUUGCUUUGAUGAUGAUGAUAACCUGCCAGCAGAUUCUUGUGAGGAUGAAGGGCAGUCUGUGGAUCCGCUGGACAGCGCAGUAUCUUACUCGAGCGUUAUGAUUCUGGUUCACAAUAUGUUAAAGUUGGAUUAUUCGAUGCAGGAGAAGAUAGUCAAGGCACUGUGCCUUAAAACACCAUCGUCGGAGCUAGAUGGCUAUUGUCUAAUGUGGGACUUGCGGCCGUAUAUUGAUGACAAUGUGAUGCAGCUUGCCUGGAAAUUCAUUUCGUAGAAGCGGAGCGGACCACGCCUGACGGUAAACUAGUGCCUGAUGGACAAUGAUUUUGCUGCAAGCAUUGUUAUGUGGGGCUAGAAAGGGCCCCGCCUAAACUUAAAGGGAUAUGUAUCCCCUAUUUACCCUUAGCAGUCUAGAUCUUUUAGAGAUAUUUCUUGAUUCCCAAGUUGGUUAUUUCCUAAUGUUUGUUAGUUCGGUUUGGCCUCCAAGUUUGUAAGUCAACACCCCAAGCUAAGUCAAAUAUUGAAAUAGGCGGAAAAAAAUGUGAUUUUUA